GCAAAAAACUCGACAACCAACCACAAGCCACGAUGGCGGACAACGAGGAGAUGCAAGGCAAAGAGGAGGAGGUGCAGCAGGAGGUGGUGCAAGAGCUUGAGCCUGAGGUGGUGGCGGUGCGCGAUGCCGCCACGCUGGUUGGCGAUGGCGAUGGUGAUGCUGAUGCUGAUGGUGCACGGGAGCUGCGACAGAAGCGGCGAGAGCUGGAAGGACAGGUGAAGUCUGCAAAGGCAGAGCUGGUGCGGUUGCAGUGCCAGCUGCGGGACUUCUCCUCAAAGCACUUUCGGCAAAUGGAGCACCUGCGCUUUCUCAUCAACAACCGCCUGCACGCAAAGGCGGAGGAUCCUGCAGACAGCGAACGUGAAAGGGCCACACCAGCAACAGCAGCAGCAACAACAGCAGCAACAGCAGCAACAACAACAGCAUCAGCAAAGCAGUCGCUUUCGUCACAGAAGGGCGAAGACACUAAUGAGCACGCAGACUGGAAGGAGGCCAUCAAACCCAUUGGCUACCUCAAGUCCUGCUUCAAGCGCAAGAAUGGCACGCCGAGGCAAGCCAACCUGUGCCCCGAUUCCGCUGCAUAUCUGCAGGUGACCGCCUUCAGCAACUCCGACCACGCCCUGGAGGGCCUGGCGCACUUUUCUCACGUCUGGCUCGUGUUCUACUUUCACCUCAACGACAACAUCUCCGUGAAAGCCAAGAUCCGGCCGCCAAAGCUUGACGGCGUUCGCGUCGGUGUCAUGAGCACGCGGUCCCCGCACCGCCCAAACCCAAUUGGCCUCAGCCUGGUUGAGCUCGCAAAGGUGCAGGGUGACACACUCUUCUUCAACGGCAUUGACCUUGUUGACGGCACGCCAAUCCUGGACGUGAAGCCGUACAUCCCCUUCUACGAUGCGCCGCCAUCGCCGCCCACCAUCGCCCCGUGGGUGCACGACGCCCGCCUUCGCGAGCUCCCCGUCGUCUUCACAGACCGCGCACAGGCUGACAUUGCUGCUCUAGUGGACGCUGGUCAGCUGCAGUUCUUCAGCAGCGCGGACACAUUCAAGCAGGCCGUCCUUGCCAUCCUCCGCGCAGACCCACGGUCGUCGUAUCGGCGGGAGAAGUGCCGCGAGCAGACAUACGCAUUUACGCUGGACGCCACAGACAUUAUUGUCAAGUUUGAGGACGAUGUGGCGCACGUGCUGCAGGUGAAGGCGUUCCGGCCCAAGAAGGAGAAGACAGCAGGUCACCUGUCGCAGGAGGCAGCAGAGGUGGUGGUGGUGGCACAGGAGCAACAGAGUGAAGAGGCGCCGAGCGACGCAGCGUGUGGAGGCGACCAUGAUGAUGACGACGAAGCAACGGAAGCAGGGUGAUGUGUGUGCUUGCGUGUGUGCGUGUGUAUAUACGUGUGUGCGUGUGUGUAUGCGUGUGUGUUGUACAGGCGAUAAAACCAAGCCCUCCUUGCUUGCUGCUGUGAUGUGUUGUGGGGUGGUAAACGAGAAGACAGCCCAAGGAGGAGGAGGACAGGCGCAG